AAUAUAUUUGUUUCAAGUUAACCGGCAGGUUAUUUUCUUUUUGUCUUAGUUUUACAGUUUUAUUAGUCUUUCAUGGAUUAUGUGGCGGAAAAACUUUUCGGCGCGGACAUUGUUGAGAUGGCGACAGCCGUCCUCCCCCCAGGGGAAUGCUGUGUCAAUUUUAUUGCUAUGACUACUUUUAACUAUGCGUUAUAUUACACGUCGGUGCUUGUCUUUGCCUUCAGCUUAUGGAACCUCCUCAACUACAUACUGUACAACACAUUAGGAAAAUACUGUAAAGUGUUUUUAGACGGACUACACGGUCUGGAAAUGUCCAUAGCCGUGAACUGUCUCGUCGCCGGUUACGACAUCGCCCGGAUAAACUCAAAGGUCGAAGAACUCUUGCUACUUUUGUCCGCCGGUUUCUACGUCUACAGGUCGCGGAGGGUAGGUGGGUUCCUCAGAGAAAAAUUCCUCGUGUGGACGUCCUUCUGCUGCCUGAUGUACACUGUUUUCCGAGGAAGGGGGGCAAGCGUCGCUCUCACUCUUCUCUACGCACACGAGUCCUGCACGCCGUUAUUGGUGAUCUCUUCGGUCGUGAACGAAGCGAAGAAAGACGCAUAUAUCUUCUGGGUGACUAGGUGGUCCGCAAGACUUUUUCUCGUCUACCAGAGAAUACUGAUCGCCGGUUUUGUCCUCCACACCAUAUCACACGAGGCAGAGCUUUUAUUCCUUCUUGGCGAGGCUUUUCUAACUUUUCAAUUCAUUUUCGAUACAUCUUAUCAUGAAUUGGAAGGAACAAAACUUUAAAACAACAAAAAUUAUUAAGCUAUAAAACAAUGAA